UCUAUUCUAUCAAUCUAUCUAUAUAUAACUUAUUCUAUAAUCUGUUUUGGCAGACAGACAGACAGACAGACAGACAGACAGACAGAUAGAUAGAUAGAUAGAUAGAUAGAUAGAUAGAUUUUUUGCUUUUGUGUUUUUUUACUUUUUUUAUAUUACUUUUCAUAACUUUUAAUGAUGAUUUUUUUCAUAACUUUUAUGACUUUUAUAAAACUAUAUAACAGACAGGUAUGGAACAUGAAUGAUCAAAAAUAUUUCUGAACACUAUAACUACUUUGAACAAGAGAACUAGUCUGUAAUAAUGUGGACUAUUUUAAAAACAUGUUGCAUUCAUCUUGUGUUCUAAAAACAUUCACAUAAGAAUGAUGUAAAUGUGGAUGAAGGUUCCGUCUCGUUAUCCAUUUCAUUGUUAAUUCUCCGGCUCUCGGCCCCUCACUGAACAGAACAGACGCAGAGAGAGGAAUGAUAAGGAAAACACCCAUUCCUAUUGAGAGGCCAACAGUGAGGUCCGAUAUGGGCAUGUUUGCUGGGAGAGACCACAGGAGAACUACUCUGUCGUGAUAACUCACUCCUUAUGAACUGUGCAAUGAGCUAUUCAGUUGGAUUGAUAAGCAGGAGCAAUGUGCAGAAGAUCUCAGGAAUCUAGCAGAUGAACUGGGGGACAAAAUGAAGGCAAAGAGCAAACGCCAGUUGCUGAAAAACACAGCAACCGUGAUUCAUUCCUUCCUCGUGGUCGCUUUCGGCAUUGCAUUUCUGUCAGUUCUACCUGAAGUUGGUGUUGGUCUUGGGUUCAUACUAUUUGGAUAUGGUUCAAGUGGAUUGAGUACUCUAACUCAUCUUAUACACAAAAUGGUGGAGAAAUGGAAGCCCACUAAAACAGCUGAUGAAAUUUUUAAAAAUCUGAAAAAUAUUGAGAGGCUCCAGAAGAAGCUGACAGAGGAGUGUGAGAUUCAAGGCCUUAAGGCCUCAUCCUCCGAUGGAGUACAGUGUGAAAUCACAGCAAGGAUCCUGAACGCCAUUGCCAAACGGAUGAAGAAAGAUCUGCCUCUCAGUUGCCUUAGGCACCUCUUGAGGAAUGAAGACAUAGCUUCAGAGAUUCAUUUAGACAAAACCUUCUACCGAAAUGUCAAGAUUUUGCUAACAGUUAUUGGAUAUUCUUUCUUCUCUCUGAAAACAAUAACACAAACAGACCAGGUCACAGAAGGAGUCCUUGGGCUGGUGUUGACACUUCCUGAUUCGGUUAAUAACUGUGAAAAACUGAUUAAAAACAAACAACAACCAGAAGCUAUCGACCUUCUGAAGACAAAAGCUAAUGAAAUUUUUGAGGCUAUGAAGAAAUUAAAGACGCAACUGAAUGACAUACAAGAGAUACUACUUCAAAUGGAAUGUGACCGAUUUAACUGAGAAAAUAGUUGGUUCUCAAAUCUACAAAGAAGGCACCAUUUACAUAAAAUACAAGCAGUACCAAGUGCAGAUAGAGAAAUUUAUUGUCAUAUGUUCAGAAGACAUAGAACAGAAGGACAUAGGAGCAACCUGUUUCGCAGGCAAACGCAAAUUAAAUGGGAAAAAGGAGUCACAGGAGUCCACUAUAUCAGAAGACAGUACGUCUGAUGGAGUAGAUAAGAGGAAGAAACUUACAUCUGAUCUACAGUCUACUAUAGAAAUAAAGGAUUCGAAGUACAGACUGCCACAGAUAACC